GGGAGGAGGAGGGCGGCGGGCGCGGGGAGGAGCGUGGCGGCGGCGGCGCUGGGACAAUCGGGCAGCUCAGGGCAGGGUGUCCCCGCGGAGGGCACGUCCGUGCCGGUUCUCGGCGCCCCGGCCCCCCCCCGGUGCCGCCCGCCCUCCCUCUCCCGGGGAGCGCCGACCGCGCGGCCGGCGGGGGCUCUGGGCGGCGCCGCCCCGCGGUGCCCCCCGCGGCGGUUUCGCUCCGCAGGCGCCGCCGGGAGCGUCGGGUUGGCGGCGGCGCCCGGAGGCAGGUCCGCACCUGGGCGCUGCCGGGCCGGGCCGGGCCGGGCCGCGCCGCCCAGCCCGCCGUGUGCGCAGCGCCGCUCACCUGUGGGGCCGGCGGGGAACAAAGCGGGGCGGCGGCGGCGCGGCCUUCCCCGGGCGCCCCCGGUGACCGGCGGGGGGGCGGCCGUGGGGUGAGCUGGGGAGGUUUGGCUGCGGUGGGUCGGCGCGGGUUUGCUGCGGUGUGUGGAGCCCAGGACUCGAGGAAAGCCCGCGGCGGGGAGCGGGGGGGCCGGUGAUGUGCCGGGAGCGCGGCAAGGUGCGGGAGCUCGGCGUGGCUUGAGAAGUUGUCCUGACAGCUGUGUUUGAAAGGCAUCGCUUGUUCAGGGCUCUGAGUCAUAGACGAUUAUGAAGUGGUUACUUAUUGUGCCUUUAAUUUUUAAAGGACGUGUGAUCCGGGGGAAGCCAGUUUAUUUGGAAGUGGUGCUCGAUUUCUAACCUGUGUUAGUAAUCUCUGAGGAAGCUGUAAAGGAUUAAGCUUGUUUUCAUAAAGCUGAGAAGUUGCGUUUUGUUUCUGACUGUUGUUUGCAUUUGCAUCUAUUUUUACACAACUUUUGCAUGCUUCAGAUGCACGGUUUGCAGGCAGUCGUGAAGGCUGGUUGUCUGUGUGAAAGCAUUAGCUGAGGAGUUAGUCGUGCUGGAUAAAGAGGGGUGCCCCUCGGGAAGGAAGGUAGGAACAGGGUCGAAUUCUGGCAAGGUUAUGGCGGGAUCAGUCUCUCAAUUAGUGGUUAUGCAGUAUAGCUUGAACCCCUAAAAAACCGCCCAGGGAGAAGCAGCAUCACAGAAUACAGUGAGCUGCAGUCAGAGUGUUUCAUCUGGUCUGAACUGUUAAGAAUUUGUCCUCAUUUAGCUUCAGUAAUUGGGUUUAUUUCUGUAUCAGCGCUGCGGAAGGGUUCAUUUCAGUAGUGGGAGAAGUUUGAUGCUGAAAAUGGAAAAAGAUUACACAAGUCAACUGCUGCUGCUUUGUAGGACACCGUGAACAAGGUCACAUGAAGAAUUUUAAGUUCUGAUUAUUAACAGGAAGAUAACGCUUCCAAAACAGAAUGUGGCUUACCUUUUGCCUGAGAAGGUGAAAUUUUUUCAAAUAGAAAUGGCUGAUAAAGGUGGGAAGAUCCUGCCAGGACAGUUGUACAUUGAAGUGGAGUACGACUAUGAGUAUGAGGCCAAGGACAAGAAAAUUGUGAUUAAGCAAGGGGAGAAAUACAUCUUAGUGAAAAAGACUAAUGAUGAUUGGUGGCAAGUCAAAAGAGACGAAAACUCCAAACCCUUUUAUGUGCCAGCACAGUACGUGAAGGAAAUACCACGGAAAGCGCUGAUGCCACCAGUUAAACAGGCAAGCAUUCUGCCAAAUAACGCUUUGAAGUUGACACAUGGAUUACAGAGAUCAACAGAGAAUGUGAAUAAGUCACCAGAGCUUUCUAGUUUUGGAAAAUCUUCUCCAGUUCAAGUGUCUUGCUUAGUUCGAGAUGCCAAUCAAAAUCUGGGACCAAACAAUAGCCCCGGUCAAACUCUUGGUUUGAGUCUGGACCUUACCCAGAACAAUGGAAAACUUAACAAUGAGUUGCAAUCUCCCAAGGUUUCUAAUCAGUUUAGAACCAUCUCCAUGGGUCAUUUCCCUUGUCCAGAGUUCUUGGAAAUAGAGAAGACCAGCUUUUUGCAUGAACAAUCUUGUGAUUCAGCAGGAGAAGGCUCAGAAAAAAUUCACCAAGAUUCAGAGUCUGGGGAUGAACUCAGUAGUAGCUCCACAGAACAAGUGCAGCCAACUACUCCACCAAACCAAGGGAGGCCUGAUUCACCAGUUUAUGCUAAUUUACAAGAACUGAAAAUAUCUCAGUCUGCACUUCCACCACUACCUACAAGUGCUCCAGUCCAAAUAAAUGGGGAAUGGGAAACCCAUAAAGAUACGACAGGACGCUGUUAUUACUACAACAGAGGAUCACAGGAACGAACCUGGAAACCUCCACGGUGGGGCCGAGAUGCAAGCAUUAAUAAAGGGGAUACCCAGAGCCAUGCAGAUCAUGAGCAUCUUUCAUCAGAAGAAAACGACCACAGUUCUUGUUACAGCCAGUCAGAUAGUCAGUAUGGUUCUCCUCCAAAGGGUUGGUCAGAAGAGUUGGAUGAACAUGGUCAAACCUUAUAUACCAAUGACUAUACUAAUGAAAAGUGGAUAAAACACGCAGAUGAACAAGGUAGACCAUACUACUACAGUGCUGAUGGUUCCCGAUCAGAAUGGGAGUUACCUAAGUAUAAUGCUUCACCACAGCAGCAAAGAGAUAUAAUAAAGAGUAGGAGUCUGGACAGGAGGCUACAAGAGCCAAUAGUUUUAACAAAAUGGAGGCACAGCACAAUUGUGUUGGAUACCAAUGAUAAGGAAUCAUCAACUGCUUCUAAGGCCAGUUUUCCUGAAAAUGAGACCUCUCCUUCUUCACCAAAGCAUCAAGCCACGGGUCAAGAGAAGUAUGGGCUAUUGAAUGUGACAAAAAUUACCGAAAAUGGGAAGAAAGUUCGAAAGAAUUGGAUGUCAUCAUGGGCAGUGUUACAAGGUUCAUCACUGCUGUUCACUAAAACCCAAGGAAGUGGAACUGGCUGGAAGUUUGGUGUCAAUCAGUCUAAGCCAGAAUUUACAGUGGAUCUCAAAGGAGCAUUGAUUGACUGGGCCUCAAAGGACAAAUCCAGCAAAAAGAAUGUUAUUGAGCUAAAAACCCGCCAAGGAACUGAGCUUUUAAUUCAAUCUGAUAAUGACAGCUUUAUUAAUGAAUGGUAUAAAGUUCUUAACUAUACCAUCAACAAUCAGGUAGUGGAGUCUGACGAGGCAUUAGAAGAUGAGAUUCCAGAUUCCCCAGGGGUGGAAAAACAAGACAAAGAGAAAGAGAAUAAAGACUCUAAGAAACUUCGUUCAGUGAAAGCACCUAGCAAUAUAGAUUCCACAGAUCAAAAAAAGACCAAAACGAAGCUCAAGAAGUUCCUUACACGGCGCCCUACAUUACAAGCUGUCCGUGAAAAAGGCUACAUUAAGGAUCAAGUGUUUGGUUCCAAUCUCACCAGCUUGUGUCAAAGAGAAAACAGCACGGUGCCAAAGUUCGUGAAGCUGUGCAUUGAGCAUGUUGAGGAACAUGGAUUAGAUGUUGAUGGUUUAUACCGAGUUAGUGGCAAUCUUGCAGUGAUACAGAAGCUAAGAUUUGCAGUCAAUCAUGAUGAGAAACUGGACUUGAAUGACAGUAAAUGGGAAGACAUACAUGUCAUCACAGGAGCUCUGAAGAUGUUUUUCAGAGAAUUGCCAGAGCCACUGUUCACUUACAAUCACUUCAAUGACUUUGUCAAUGCAAUUAAACAAGAACCAAGGCAGCGUGUCCAUGCUGUUAAAGAUUUAAUCAAACAGUUGCCAAAACCAAAUCAGGACACUAUGCAGGUACUCUUUAGACAUCUGAAGAGAGUUGUAGAAAAUGGAGAAAAGAACCGAAUGACCUAUCAAAGUGUAGCAAUAGUUUUUGGUCCAACCUUACUAAAACCAGAGAAAGAGACUGGUAACAUAGCAGUCCAUACAGUAUACCAGAAUCAGAUUGUAGAAUUAAUUCUACUGGAAUUGAAUUCCGUCUUUGGACGCUGACAUUUUUCUUGGAGUAGAAACUGGAAGUGAUGGGUUGGCAGCAGUACUCCAUCAGAAGGAAAAUCUCUCGCUGUACAUGAUGUAUUAUGUUUGUGGACCAAGCAGCAACUUGUUUUUUGCACUUUUGGGAGGGGAGAAACAGGAGAAAUGUUUGACCACUUUAAUGCGAAUUAAAGGCAUCGCUUUGGUUUUCUUUGAAAAGUUCAAUGUAAAAAGUGAAUUGAAAAGUUUAUAGUUCGCCUUUUUUAAAGUAGCAUUGGAAAAAUGUAAUAUAGGUUCAUACACUGGAUUUCUUGGAGAGUAAAGCUAUUAAUCUCAAACUGGAUAAUCUGGAAUUUAAUCUUAAAAUUCUUCCACUUUAUAGGGAAACGUCCUACCAACUGGUAUGGAAGAAUUCAGUGAAGUUACAUCUUAAGCUUGUGUAUUACAAACCUACUCAGAUCUGUAUGACACUUUUCCAAGGGGUUUCUGCAUGCAGUGACUGUCUUAAACUUGUGCUAACAGCUUGGUUUAGCUAUUCGAAUCUAAUUCUUCACUUGGUAUCUGCUGUCCUUCCCUCCCCCCCCCCCACCCCUUUUUCUUUUCUUCCUUUCCUUUUAUUCCCCAGCAAUCUUUCUGAAGCUUUAGUUUCUUUAUAAAACAGCACACUAUUUCAAACACUGAACUUGUAAGAAUAUCCAGCAAUGGAUAUUUGUUUUGUGGCAUAAUAGAAGUCAUAUUUAAUAAACAUGUUCUUUUUUUCAGGGUGUUUCCUGAGCUUAGUUUUGUGUUACACUGAUUUAAAGCUAAAAUCCUAAGUAAAUACCAACUGUAACACUGUGUUGAGUUCUUGGUAUAAUGCUGUGGUAGUGGAAGUUUCUUGAUGUAAAUACAGGCUGUCCUUUUGAUUCUUGUAUAUAAUUCAGGUCCUGUAUAGUUUAAGAACACUUUAGUCACACAUUUCUAAUCAUGGAUAGAUUAGCUACAGUAGCAUAACGUUACCAGUGGAUGUCUGGGUUUCAGCAGGGAAACAGGUUUUGGGGAGGGAGGGGGGCCUAACUGUGUGCACUUUUAGACGUUAAUUACAUUUGCGGGCAAAUAACUGUAAUGCAAAUGGUACUGGAGAAAUACUGAGUGUGCUUGCUACAUUGUUAAUGCACUACAAGAGGAGCCUUUUAGGUUAUUUAAUAUGUACAGGAUACGUUAGAAAAAUGUAUUAUGAAUUCUAACAUCUACAAAUAGUGAACUGAUGUUCAAAACUCAUGUUUUGAUAGAUAGAUGUUUGAUGGAUUCCAUGAUGCUAAAUUUAAGAUUUUCUUUUUACAUUAAUGUAGAAUAAUUUGUAAAAUUGGUUUUGAAAGAUUUUGUUACAGGGAGCAUGGUCUGCUGAAGAUUUUUUUAAAUGUAUUUUUCUAGACUAACUGCUGUAUCUGACAUAUUUGUUAUGUCUAACCUGAAUAAAGAAAACCAUUAGUUCUUUUAGAGUUUGCCAUUCCCGCUUCAGACAACAUGAACCCCCUUUAAACAGUAAGACCAACAUAUCUUACUGCUUAGCAUGGAUACUACUUGUGACAAAGGGUUGUCAUGCUGGGUUAAAAGACGAGUGCUUACUUUGUAGCCUGACAGUUUUAGGAACUUCCCAGUCCCUUUCUUUAACAACUUAAAUUCUAACAUAAGGCUCAAAGGGGACAGAAGUAAUUUAUUGAUAUAAAUUCUUUAAAACAUAUCCCAGCUUACAGUAGGUUCCAAGUACAGAAAGCAGGUACACUGGGGAAAUAAUUGUGUUUUGCCUUUGAUUUGUUGUAUUCCUUUCACAACACAGUUCUGGCUUACAGCAGAGGGGAUGUGCAGUGAAGUACUGAGGUGUAACCAGAUGAAUGGUACGAGAAUUUCAUGAGCAUAGGGCUUGCAUGAGAAGUCUUCGGAGAUUAAAGAGAAGACGAGUUACCUUGUGGCUUUCUCACUGUCUUCUUGUGGUAAUGGUGAAGUCUUGUGGUUUAUUGCAAAGCGACCUGGGUGAGAAUUGUGAAAGCUCCAUCUCCCGUUGCGUUGUCAGCUCCUGGUAGGCUGUCAAACAGGAGCAGUGCCGAGUGGCAGGUGUGCCUCGGGCUACCAGAAAGUAUCAGCAAAGCUGAAAUCUGUUGCUGUGGAUUAUUCAAAUCCCAACUUCAGCUGUGAAAUGAAAAAGAAUUCCCACUGCUAAAUGAGAGGGCUUAUCCACAGGUCACCUUUUCUGUAUGAGUGCUAUGUUUUUCAAAGAAAGAAUGCCUUUUUAGAAGAAUUUGAUAAUGAGGAUGUCACACUUUUCCUUGUAUUCCCCCAAAAUAAAGCAUUCUGUUACUACAAUUUA